ACAAGAAGUAAUAAUAGAAUGAAAUUUUGAUAUAUAGCUUGCAAGAUGAAAAAAUAAGAAAUUAAAAAGUGGUAUUUUAAAAUACCACAAAUUCAUCAUCAUCAUCAUUCAUCAUCAUCCUCAUACCAGCUUCGAACACUGGACGUGCAGCACGCUUCUUUUAAGUGCAUCCAGCAACGCCAGAUAGAAGCUGGUGACAUAGUUUGUAAGCAGUUUUAUUUAACUAAAAAUAAGUUCUUUCAUUUAUCUGUCCUGAUUAAGGAUUUGCAGGCGCAUUCCUAUUUCAUAAAAAGCAGAGGUUUCCACACGAAAACCCUAAUCCAGUUGGGCAGCAGCUAACAGGCUAAGAAAAUCUCCGACCAUGGCUGUGCUGAGCUCGGAGAAGGUGCUGCAAGAGAGCAACACCAGCGAUUCCGAUUCCAUUACUUCUCUGGCACUCACCGCAAAGGCUCUCUCCGACGUAUCGUGCUUGGACGCGUUCAAGAACAUUCAAAGGCUCGACCUUAGCUUCAACAGCCUGACUUCCCUUGAGGGGUUGAGGUCAUGCGUAAACUUGAAGUGGUUAUCUGUAGCCCAGAACAAGCUUCAGAGUUUGGAAGGGAUUGAAUGCCUUGUUAAACUUACUGUACUAAAUGCUGCAAAAAACAAGCUUAAAUCAGUGGACGGGCUUAAUUCUCUUGUAAGUUUGUGUGCACUGAUCUUGAAUGAUAAUGAGAUCAGUUCUAUUUGUAAACUUGACCAAAUGAAAGACCUGAACACUGUAGUUCUUUCAAGGAAUCCAAUACGAGAUAUAGGUCUAUCACUUGCUAAAAGGAAUUCAGUAUCAAAAUUGUCCCUUUCAAACUGCCAGCUGCAACUUAUUGGCUCUUCGCUCAAAUCUUGCACCGAGUUAAAAGAAUUGCGACUCUCUCAUCAUGAGAUCACGACACUUCCAAGUGAGUUGGCUUGCAAUAACAAAUUGCAAAACUUGGACUUGGGAAAUAAUGCGAUCCUGAGGUGGUCUGAUCUUAAGGUUCUCUCUUCACUAACUAACCUGAAAAAUUUAAAUCUUCUCGGGAAUCCCAUUGCUGAAAAGGACGGCCUGGUAAAGAAGAUUCAGAAACUAGUGCCGAAUUUGGUGGUUUUUAAUGCCAAACCCAUUAGCAAAAUCUUGAAGGGAGAAUUGGGAAGAGCUAAUACCUCUCAUGAUGUUGACAUAGUUCAGAAUGUGGAAACGAUAAGUCUUCCAAGAAACAACUCUCGAAAACAUUCUUCUCAAAGCGAAAAUGUUGGUGGUUGUGAUGUGAAAGAAUCAAAGCCUAAAAAGCAGAAAAGAGAAUCAAAGAAUGAGAAUAAAAAGAAUUCAGUUGUAGAGGAAGCUUCUGAUCAUGAGAUGGAUCAGUUAGAGAAUAGAAGGAUUAUUAACAAUGACAGUGUAAUUGGAACCCGGAAAACCUCGAAGCCCAAAACACCGGCAUUUGAUGAUGGAGAGACACCUUUUAUGAAUCUUUUUACCGAUGAUGCACCAGCUAAUUCCUUUGGUAGUGAUAAUCCUGGAGUUGGUCAGAGUGUUGAUGAAACUGUGGGAUCAGUUACUCACGCCAAGAAGAAAAGGCAGAACAACAAACAAAGUAAUGGGCCCACUUCACUGCAAUUGUUAACAGCAGUUGAUGAAGUUGGACUGGGUGGACCAUCAAUGUGGGAUUAGAAAAAAUAUUUCUUCUAAUCCUUAAUCCUCAUGGGAUCCAUUGUGCAAGCUUGAAGCUUUUGCAUCGUUCGAUUUUUUCAUCACUGCAAAGUUCUUUUAAUUUUAGUGUGGGGAGCAUUUGAUUACCAAAAGCUUGGACUUUAGUAUUGUGUACUGUAUACAUUGGGUUUGUUUUGGGGGGUUCUAUUUAUUACCUUAACACAAUCUCGGGGAAAUAUAGUUGGAUUUUCUAUGGCGUAUGUCGCGCCCACACUAACUUGUAGGUCGUGCGUGAUGAAAAAACUUCACCAUAUUGGAUGAGAAAUAUCAUAACUUAUUUGGUCUUGCUGUUUUUGUUUUUGAUUCAUGA